AUGUGCGGAGAGUCCGCGUCUGGCCGGGCGGCAGGAGCUACUGCGACCCCGCAAGCAUACGAGGAAGCGAAACACGAGGGCAGGCAUGGGCUUGGCGAGGGGCAAGGGAGACAGGAGGGCCACGGGAGGGCCACGGGAGGGCCACGGGAGGGCCACGGGAGGGCCACGGGAGGGCCACGGGAGGGCCACGGGAGGGCCACGGGAGGGCCACGGGAGGGCCACGGAGGGCCACGGGAGGGCCACGGGAGGGCCACGGGAGGGCCACGGGAGGGCCACGGGAGGGCCACGGGAGGGCCACGGGAGGGCCACGGGAGGGCCACGGGAGGGCCACGGGAGGGGCCACGGGAGGGCCACGGGAGGGCCACGGGAGGGCCACGGGAGGGCCACGGGAGGGCCACGGGAGGGCCACGGGAGGGCCACGGGAGGGCCACGGGAGGGCCACGGGAGGGCCACGGGAGGGCCACGGGAGGGCCACGGGAGGGCCACGGGAGGGCCACGGGAGGGCCACGGGAGGGCCACGGGAGGGCCACGGGAGGGCCACGGGAGGGCCACGGGAGGGCCACGGGAGGGCCACGGGAGGGCCACGGGAGGGCCACGGGAGGGCCACGGGAGGGCCACGGGAGGGCCACGGGAGGGCCACGGGAGGGCCACGGGAGGGCCACGGGAGGGCCACGGGAGGGCCACGGGAGGGCCACGGGAGGGGCACGGGAGGGGCACGGGAGGGGCACGGGAGGGGCACGGGAGGGCCACGGGAGGGCCACGGGAGGGCCACGGGAGGGCCACGGGAGGGGCACGGGAGGGGCACGGGAGGGCCACGGGAGGGCCACGGGAGGGCCACGGGAGGGCCACGGGAGGGCCACGGGGGGGUGCCACGGGAGGGCCACGGGAGGGCCACGGGAGGGCCACGGGAGGGCCACGGGAGGGCCACGGGAGGGCCACGGGAGGGGCACGGAGGGCCACGGGAGGGCCACGGGAGGGCCACGGGAGGGCCACGGGAGGGCCACGGGAGGCCACGGGAGGGCCACGGGAGGGCCACGGGAGGGCCACGGGAGGGCCACGGGAGGGCCACGGGAGGGCCACGGGAGGGCCACGGGAGGGCCACGGGAGGGCCACGGGAGGGGCCACGGGAGGGCCACGGUGAGGGCCACGGGAGGGCCACGGGAGGGCCACGGGAGGGCCACGGGGAGGGCACGGGAGGGCCACGGGAGGGCCACGGGAGGGCCACGGGAGGGCCACGGGGAGGGCCACGGGAGGGCCACGGGAGGGCCACGGGAGGGCCACGGGAGGGCCACGGGAGGGCCACGGGAGGGCCACGGGAGGGCCACGGGAGGGCCACGGGAGGGCCACGGGAGGGCCACGGGAGGGCCACGGGAGGGCCACGGGAGGGCCACGGGAGGGCCACGGGAGGGCCACGGGAGGGCCACGGGAGGGCCACGGGAGGGCCACGGGAGGGCCACGGGAGGGCCACGGGAGGGCCACGGGAGGGCCACGGGAGGGCCACGGGAGGGCCACGGGAGGGCCACGGGAGGGGCACGGGAGGGGCACGGGAGGGGCACGGGAGGGGCACGGGAGGGCCACGGGAGGGCCACGGGAGGGCCACGGGAGGGCCACGGGAGGGGCACGGGAGGGGCACGGGAGGGCCACGGGAGGGCCACGGGAGGGCCACGGGAGGGCCACGGGAGGGCCACGGGAGGGCCACGGGAGGGCCACGGGAGGGCCACGGGAGGGCCACGGGAGGGCCACGGGAGGGCCACGGGAGGGCCACGGGAGGGGCACGGGAGGGGCACGGGAGGGCCACGGGAGGGGCACGGGAGGGGCACGGGAGGGGCACGGGAGGGGCACGGGAGGGCACGGGAGGGGCACGGGAGGGGCACGGGAGGGGCACGGGAGGGGCACGGGAGGGGCACGGGAGGGGCACGGGAGGGCCACGGGAGGGGCACGGGAGGGGCACGGGAGGGGCACGGGAGGGGCACGGGAGGGGCACGGGAGGGGCACGGGAGGGGCACGGGAGGGGCACGGGAGGGGCACGGGAGGGGCACGGGAGGGGCACGGGAGGGGCACGGGAGGGGCACGGGAGGGGCACGGGAGGGGCACGGGAGGGGCACGGGAGGGGCACGGGAGGGGCACGGGAGGGGCACGGGAGGGGCACGGGAGGGGCACGGGAGGGGCACGGGAGGGGCACGGGAGGGGCACGGGAGGGGCACGGGAGGGGCACGGGAGGGGCACGGGAGGGCCACGGGAGGGGCACGGGAGGGGCACGGGAGGGGCACGGGAGGGGCACGGGAGGGGCACGGGAGGGGCACGGGAGGGGCACGGGAGGGGCACGGGAGGGGCACGGGAGGGGCACGGGAGGGGCACGGGAGGGGCACGGGAGGGGCACGGGAGGGGCACGGGAGGGGCACGGGAGGGCCACGGGAGGGCCACGGGAGGGCCACGGGAGGGCCACGGGAGGGCCACGGGAGGGCCACGGGAGGGCCACGGGAGGGCCACGGGAGGGCCACGGGAGGGCCACGGGAGGGCCACGGGAGGGCCACGGGAGGGCCACGGGAGGGCCACGGGAGGGCCACGGGAGGGCCACGGGAGGGGCACGGGAGGGGCACGGGAGGGGCACGGGAGGGGCACGGGAGGGCCACGGGAGGGCCACGGGAGGGCCACGGGAGGGCCACGGGAGGGGCACGGGAGGGGCACGGGAGGGCCACGGGAGGGCCACGGGAGGGCCACGGGAGGGCCACGGGAGGGGCACGGGAGGGGCACGGGAGGGGCACGGGAGGGGCACGGGAGGGCCACGGGAGGGCCACGGGAGGGCCACGGGAGGGCCACGGGAGGGGCACGGGAGGGGCACGGGAGGGCCACGGGAGGGGCACGGGAGGGGCACGGGAGGGGCACGGGAGGGGCACGGGAGGGGCACGGGAGGGGCACGGGAGGGGCACGGGAGGGGCACGGGAGGGGCACGGGAGGGGCACGGGAGGGGCACGGGAGGGGCACGGGAGGGGCACGGGAGGGGCACGGGAGGGGCACGGGAGGGGCACGGGAGGGGCACGGGAGGGGCACGGGAGGGGCACGGGAGGGGCACGGGAGGGGCACGGGAGGGGCACGGGAGGGGCACGGGAGGGGCACGGGAGGGGCACGGGAGGGGCACGGGAGGGGCACGGGAGGGGCACGGGAGGGGCACGGGAGGGGCACGGGAGGGGCACGGGAGGGGCACGGGAGGGGCACGGGAGGGGCACGGGAGGGGCACGGGAGGGGCACGGGAGGGCACGGGAGGGGCACGGGAGGGGCACGGGAGGGGCACGGGAGGGGCACGGGAGGGGCACGGAGGGCACGGGAGGGGCACGGGAGGGGCACGGGAGGGGCACGGGAGGGGCACGGGAGGGGCACGGGAGGGGCACGGGAGGGGCACGGGAGGGGCACGGGAGGGGCCACGGGAGGGGCACGGGAGGGGCACGGGAGGGGCACGGGAGGGCCACGGGAGGGGCACGGGAGGGCCACGGGAGGGCCACGGGAGGGCCACGGGAGGGCCACGGGAGGGCCACGGGAGGGCCACGGGAGGGCCACGGGAGGGCCACGGGAGGGGCACGGGAGGGCCACGGGAGGGGCACGGGAGGGCCACGGGAGGGGCACGGGAGGGCCACGGGAGGGGCACGGGAGGGGCACGGGAGGGGCACGGGAGGGGCACGGGAGGGCCACGGGAGGGCCACGGGAGGGCCACGGGAGGGCCACGGGAGGGGCACGGGAGGGGCACGGGAGGGCCACGGGAGGGGCACGGGAGGGGCACGGGAGGGGCACGGGAGGGCCACGGGAGGGCCACGGGAGGGCCACGGGAGGGCCACGGGAGGGCCACGGGAGGGCCACGGGAGGGCCACGGGAGGGCCACGGGAGGGCCACGGGAGGGCCACGGGAGGGGCACGGGAGGGGCACGGGAGGGGCACGGGAGGGCACGGGAGGGCCACGGGAGGGCCACGGGAGGGCCACGGGAGGGCCACGGGAGGGGCACGGGAGGGGCACGGGAGGGCCACGGAGGGGCACGGGAGGGGCACGGGAGGGGCACGGGAGGGCACGGGAGGGGCACGGGAGGGGCACGGGAGGGGCACGGGAGGGGCACGGGAGGGGCACGGGAGGGGCACGGGAGGGGCACGGGAGGGCCACGGGAGGGGCACGGGAGGGGCACGGGAGGGGCACGGGAGGGGCACGGGAGGGGCACGGGAGGGGCCACGGGAGGGGCACGGGAGGGGCACGGGAGGGGCACGGGAGGGGCACGGGAGGGGCACGGGAGGGGCACGGGAGGGGCACGGGAGGGGCACGGGAGGGGCACGGGAGGGGCACGGGAGGGGCACGGGAGGGGCACGGGAGGGCCACGGGAGGGGCACGGGAGGGGCACGGGAGGGGCACGGGAGGGGCACGGGAGGGGCACGGGAGGGGCACGGGAGGGGCACGGGAGGGGCACGGGAGGGGCACGGGAGGGGCACGGGAGGGGCACGGGAGGGGCACGGGAGGGGCACGGGAGGGGCACGGGAGGGGCACGGGAGGGGCACGGGAGGGGCACGGGAGGGGCACGGGAGGGCCACGGGAGGGGCACGGGAGGGGCACGGGAGGGGCACGGGAGGGGCACGGGAGGGGCACGGGAGGGCCACGGGAGGGGCACGGGAGGGGCACGGGAGGGGCACGGGAGGGCCACGGGAGGGCACGGGAGGGGCACGGGAGGGGCACGGGAGGGCCACGGGAGGGCCACGGGAGGGCACGGGAGGGCCACGGGAGGGGCACGGGAGGGCCACGGGAGGGCCACGGGAGGGCACGGGAGGGGCACGGGAGGGCACGGGAGGGCACGGGAGGGGCACGGGAGGGGCACGGGAGGGGCACGGGAGGGCACGGGAGGGCACGGGAGGGCCACGGGAGGGGCACGGGAGGGCCACGGGAGGGGCACGGGAGGGCACGGGAGGGGCACGGGAGGGGCACGGGAGGGGCACGGGAGGGGCACGGGAGGGGCACGGGAGGGGCACGGGAGGGGCACGGGAGGGGCACGGGAGGGGCACGGGAGGGGCACGGGAGGGGCACGGGAGGGGCACGGGAGGGGCACGGGAGGGGCACGGGAGGGGCACGGGAGGGGCACGGGAGGGGCACGGGAGGGGCACGGGAGGGGCACGGGAGGGGCACGGGAGGGGCACGGGAGGGGCACGGGAGGGGCACGGGAGGGGCACGGGAGGGGCACGGGAGGGGCACGGGAGGGGCACGGGAGGGGCACGGGAGGGGCACGGGAGGGGCACGGGAGGGCACGGGAGGGGCACGGGAGGGGCACGGGAGGGGCACGGGAGGGGCACGGGAGGGGCACGGGAGGGGCACGGGAGGGGCACGGGAGGGCCACGGGAGGGGCACGGGAGGGGCACGGGAGGGGCACGGGAGGGGCACGGGAGGGGCACGGGAGGGCCACGGGAGGGCCACGGGAGGGCCACGGGAGGGGCACGGGAGGGCCACGGGAGGGGCACGGGAGGGCCACGGGAGGGCCACGGGAGGGCCACGGGAGGGCCACGGGAGGGCCACGGGAGGGCACGGGAGGGGCACGGGAGGGCCACGGGAGGGCCACGGGAGGGCCACGGGAGGGCCACGGGAGGGGCACGGGAGGGGCACGGGAGGGGCACGGGAGGGGCACGGGAGGGGCACGGGAGGGCCACGGGAGGGGCACGGGAGGGGCACGGGAGGGGCACGGGAGGGGCACGGGAGGGGCACGGGAGGGCCACGGGAGGGGCACGGGAGGGGCACGGGAGGGGCACGGGAGGGGCACGGGAGGGGCACGGGAGGGCACGGGAGGGCCACGGGAGGGCCACGGGAGGGCCACGGGAGGGCCACGGGAGGGCCACGGGAGGGCCACGGGAGGGCCACGGGAGGGCCACGGGAGGGCCACGGGAGGGCCACGGGAGGGGCACGGGAGGGGCACGGGAGGGGCACGGGAGGGGCACGGGAGGGGCACGGGAGGGGCACGGGAGGGGCACGGGAGGGGCACGGGAGGGGCACGGGAGGGGCACGGGAGGGGCACGGGAGGGGCACGGGAGGGCACGGGAGGGGCACGGGAGGGGCACGGGAGGGGCACGGGAGGGGCACGGGAGGGGCACGGGAGGGCCACGGGAGGGGCACGGGAGGGGCACGGGAGGGGCACGGGAGGGGCACGGGAGGGGCACGGGAGGGGCACGGGAGGGGCACGGGAGGGGCACGGGAGGGCCACGGGAGGGCCACGGGAGGGCCACGGGAGGGGCACGGGAGGGCCACGGGAGGGCCACGGGAGGGCCACGGGAGGGGCACGGGAGGGCCACGGGAGGGGCACGGGAGGGGCACGGGAGGGCCACGGGAGGGCCACGGGAGGGCCACGGGAGGGCCACGGGAGGGCCACGGGAGGGCCACGGGAGGGCCACGGGAGGGGCACGGGAGGGCCACGGGAGGGGCACGGGAGGGCCACGGGAGGGCCACGGGAGGGCCACGGGAGGGGCACGGGAGGGCCACGGGAGGGGCACGGGAGGGGCACGGGAGCGGCACGAGAGGUGCAAGGGAGGGGCACGGGAGAGACAGGCGAAAGACUCACUGCAGCGCAAUCCCAUCAGCGCUGGCCGCCACGGCUCCUCCCGCUCUCGGCACCAACUCCGCACGGAGCGCGUGCACCACAGACGGCAUCACCAGCGCGCCCGCCGUCACGCCCGCCGCACCGCGAAGCACCGCUCCUAA